GAUGUAAUUAUGAGAAAUUCGAAAAUUAAGGGUUUUAGGUAGCCUGUUCGCGCGCGCCUCCUCUUCCUCCGUUCCUCUCGCCGAGUCUCACUCCGUCGCCGUUUCUUAUUCCUACCGCCGCACUUCUACAUCGCCGACCACUUCAACGCAGUGCCAAGCCUUCACACUGAGCUUGCUGUCCUGAAUCAUCAAAGACGGUGGUUUGAACAUGUUUUUCAUUUUUCAUCUUCUCGAAGGUGGCGCGUGAAGUAUUAGGGAUUCAAAUUCAAUGGAGAUUGAUAGGGCUGAUGGGAGGAGUCCCAAUCAACUAAGGCCCCUGGCAUGCUCUCGUUCCGUCCUUCACAGAGCCCACGGCUCAGCCUCCUGGGCUCAAGGAGAAACUAAAGUCUUUGCUGCAGUUUACGGACCCAAAGCUGGAACCAAGAAGAAUGAAAACCCUGAAAAAGCUUCCAUUGAAGUUACUUGGAAGCCUAACACAGGACAGAUUGGUCAAGUGGAGAAGGAGUAUGAGAUGAUAUUGAAGAGAACCUUGGAAAGCAUAUGCAUUCGAAGCAUAUAUCCCAACACCACCACUUCCGUUAUAGUCCAGGUUGUCCAUGACGAUGGUGCUCUUCUUCCAUGUGCAAUUAAUGCAGCAUGCGCUGCACUUGUUGAUGCUGGAAUCCCCCUAAGACAUCUUGCUGUUGCAAUAUGUUGUUCUGUAGCAGAUAAUAGUUGUAUUAUACUCGACCCGACUAAACAAGAAGAGGAGAAAGCGAAAGCAUUUGCCUAUUUAGUUUUUCCAAACACAAAUAUUUCAGUGCUACCAGAGGGGUCAUCGCAGGGGGGCAGCGAGCCCAUGGCACAUGGAAUCAUCACCUCUGUUACACAGGGUGCUAUGUCAGUGGAUGAUUAUCUUCGUUGCCUAGAACGAGGGCGUGCUACUAGUGAAAGAUUGUCUGAAUUUUUAAGGAAGAACAUUGAGCCAAAAUCUACCAGUGAGGCAUCUAAAGCUGGGUGAUUUCUAAUCAUUUUGGAUGUAGUUUACUUGUAUCUUAUUUUCCCUUGCAAAGGCUUGGCUGCAUGGGAUUUCAAAGUAUGGUAGUGUUACAUAUUUGCUCUAACCUGCUUGCUUCAACAGUAAUGUCUUCCAUGAAAUUGCCAAUUUUAAUGAUUAAGAUAAAGAUUCUAUUUAUCUGAUUGUAAAAUUGCCAAUUGCAAACUUGUCUUUUCUGGUA